AUGACUUCUCGUCUGCUCUUGUCCGCUUGUCUGUGCGUAUUUUUGUCCGCAAGUGCUUACGCAGCCUGCAGUUUGGAGUGCAUCAACGGUGGAACUCUUGAUUCAGUAAAAUGCGUUUGUGACUGCGAUGCCGAUCACGCCGGAGACGAGUGUCAAUGGAAGGUAACUUCGUGCGCCUUGUCGUGUGCCGCAAAUGAAUCUGCUAAUACGGCCACGUGCACCUGUGAGGCGUGCAGCGUGAACUGCCAGAAUGGAGGAACCCCAGGUGACAACUGUGGCUGUAUAUGUCCAAACGGGUUUGGUGGUGACAUCUGCCAAUACGAAGCAACAUGUAACAGGAACUGUACAAAACCUGACACGGAGCUGAAUAGCGGAACCUGCAAGUGUGUACCUUCAACCUCGGAUACAACGCCAGAACCAACGUCUGGUGCAUCGGAAGGAACCACAUCUGGUUCGUCGGCCUCUGAUUCGUCGGCAGGAACCACAUCUGGUUCGUCGGCCUCUGAUUCGUCGGCAGGAACAACAUCUGGUUCGUCGGCCUCUGAUUCGUCGGCAGGAACAACAUCUGGUUCGUCGGCCUCUGAUUCGUCGGCAGGAACAACAUCUGGUUCGUCGGCCUCUGAUUCGUCGGCAGGAACAACAUCUGGUUCGUCGGCAACUGGUUCGUCGGCAGGAACAACAUCUGGUUCGUCGGCCUCUGAUUCGUCGGCAGGAACAACACCUGGUUCGUCGGCAUCUGGUUCGUCGGCAGGAACAACAUCUGGUUCGUCGGCCUCUGAUUCGUCGGCAGGAACAACACCUGGUUCGUCGGCCUCUGAUUCGUCGGCAGGAACAACAUCUGUUUCGUCGGCAUCUGGUUCGUCGGCAGAACCAACAUCUGGCGGCUCUACUGCUGCACCAACAACACUUGCAACACCACCCCCAGGAGUUAAUUGCAUGUCUGGCGAGAGCCCUUACUGCCUGGUCGCCGACAAAGUCCCAGCGUAUAAGGUGUACGUCAACGCCAAGAACUGUCCUCACAUCAGCGGAACCUGCCCAGUCGGAUGCGCUUAUGAACAGCCAGCGAUAUGUGAAACUUACGGUACAACAAAUUGUGACAGUUACCCAUCCUUCAAGAAGAUUUGUCCACAAAAGUGCGGGGACUGUUAAUAAGCAGCCGUCUAACUUCUCUGUCACGAACAGUGAUCAUGUCCCUGUUUCUGUAUGCACUGAGCAACUAAACUUCGCAGAUUUACCACAAUAAAGAGACAUUGAAGCAUAA